ACUCAAAAAGAUAUAAUUCAGAGAAGAGACAAAAUCUCAAAGAAGCUAAGCUUCAAGUUCUUGACUCAAUUCAGAUUUAUUACUUGAUAGAUAACUCUAUUAUAAAUAACUUAUCAGUAAAGUCAAUACAACCAAGUAAGUAA